AUGCGAGAACGUCAGCGGGACACCAUUUUCAUGUACAAGCGUGCAUCCUCGAAAGAAUAUCCCAAUUUCUUUGAUAAAGAACAAAAUUUAGGCCGUUCGCCAAAUGGUUUGUUGAAAGAUAUUGGGAACCCUUCUUGGAAGCGCCCUUUACCGCAUAUUCUGGUUGCAACUCUUUCGUCAUUGUUAUUUGGCUAUCACCUUGGAGUGGUUAAUGAAACUUUAGAAAGCAUUUCUCUGGACCUUGGCUUCAGUGGAAGUACCCUUGCUGAAGGUUUGGUGGUGAGUACAUGUCUAGGGGGUGCUUUUCUUGGAUCUGUAUUUAGUGGUUGGAUAGCAGAUGGGCUUGGUCGUAGAAGGGCAUUCCAGUUAUGUGCUUUACCAAUGAUUAUUGGUGCUUCGUUGAGUGCCUCAACAAGUACUCUUGGUGGUAUGCUUCUUGGGAGAUUGUUCGUUGGGACUGGGAUGGGUCUUGGUCCUCCUGUUGCAGCUCUCUAUGUGGCAGAGGUGUCACCAGCUUUUAUAAGAGGCACUUAUGGAAGCUUCACUCAGAUUGCAACGUGUCUUGGAAUUAUUGGGGCCCUCUUCAUAGGAAUUCCAGCCAAAGAUGUUCCGAGUUGGUGGAGAGUUUGCUUUUGGGUAUCUGUCAUCCCUGCUUCCUUAUUAGCUAUUUUAAUAGAGUUUUCCGCAGAGUCUCCGCAUUGGCUUUUCAAGAGAGGAAGAAUUGCUGAAACUGAAGAAGCACUAGAGAAACUUUGGGGAACAUCACACGUUAAAUCUGCAGUGGCAGAACUGUCAAAAUCAGACAGAGGGGAUGAAUUGGAUACGGUUAAAUUUUCAGAGCUAUUCUAUGGCCGUCAUGUUAGAGUGGUAUUCAUUGGGUCUGCCCUGUUUUCUUUGCAACAAUUAUCUGGUAUAAAUGCUGUAUUCUAUUUCUCAUCGACUGUCUUUAAAAAUGCUGGAGUUCCUUCAGAUAUUGGAAACAUGUGUGUCGGAAUAGUAAAUUUAUCAGGAUCGGUUAUUGCAAUGAUUUUAAUGGAUAAAUUGGGAAGGAAAAUGCUUCUUCUUUGGAGUUUUUUUGGCAUGGCAAUUGCUAUGGGUUUACAAGGUAUUGCAGCAAGUACCUUUUUAUCAAGCUCUUGGAGAGUAUACCUAUCUAUUGGUGGCAUGCUGCUCUCUGUCACGACUUUUGCUCUGGGUGCUGGACCUAUCCCUGGUCUCCUUCUCUCCGAGAUAUUUCCAAGCAGAAUUAGGGCAAAGGCAAUGGCUGUUUGCAUGGCUGUUCAUUGGGUGAUUAAUUUCUUCGUUGGACUAUUUUUUUUGCAACUGCUGGAGCUACUUGGGGCGCAAAUUCUGUACACAAUCUUUGCUGCGUUUUGCUUGAUGGCAGUGGUCUUUGUGAAGAAGAAUGUGGUGGAAACAAAAGGGAAGACAUUACAAGAAAUUGAAAUUGCACUUCUUACAUCUGAUUAG